AUUCCAGCUACUGUAGUCAUCGCGUCACGUUCUAUACUAUUUUCGAGAAUAACUAAUAAUAUUAAAUUAUUUAUUGUCGUAAUAAUAAUAGUCAUAAUAAUAAAAAUAAUAAUAGUAUACUAAACAUACAAAAAAAAUUUAAAUUAAAAUUAAAAAAAGCUUAUUUUAAUUAAAUUAAAAUUUAUCAAUUAAUUUGUGAUUUUAAUAGGGAAAAAUUAAUUAUUAUUUUUAGGUUUUUUUAUUAAUUUAUUGUUGGUGAAAAAAAAAAAAUUAUAGAAUGAUAAUUUUAGUGAAUGUUUUUUUUUUUAGUGUAAUUAUUUAUUAAUUUAUAUUUUUGUGAAGUUUAUGAUAAUAAUUGAAUAAUACUUUUUGAAAAAAUUAAUUGUGAAAAUAAAUGUUAAAUUGUGACGAGUGAUUAUUGCGUUAUGAUACCAUCGCCAGCAACAAUGUUGAAAAAUCUUGAACAACGUGCAGCAUCAAAUUUUUUAAUGGAAAAUUUAUUACAAAGUAAAAGUCCAAAUGGUGAAUUUAGUUUAACAUUAAAUUGGGCAGCAACAAUAAUGGCACGUCAACGUGAAAAAGAAGCAGCAGUUGCAGCAGCAAUGACAAAUUGUGUUGUAUUACCAAAUAAAAAAUUAAAUAAAAAUAAUAAUAUUGAUAUUGAUAAUAAUAUUGAUGAUGAUAAUAAUAUACCAAUGAGAAUUGAUAAUGAUUUAGAAACAGAAACAGAGCCUGAAACUGAUGGUGAAUUAACAACUGGUUAUCGUGAUAAUAAUUUAUCAAGAAUACGUUAUGAUAAGCUAAUAAUAAAUAAUGAUGAUAAAAAAUUAAAUGACAAUGAUGAAAAAUUAAAUAUUGAUUAUGAUAUUGAUAGAGAUUGGCAGGGACAAUAUAUUAUAUCAAAAACAGAGGAUAGAUUAAUGGCUAAUGAUGAAACAUCAAGUCAACAAAAUUAUUGUGAUGAACAGUGUCAAAGAGAUCAAACAAGUCCAUCACAUUCAUUUACAUCAUCUGGAAAUCAAACGGAAUCAAGAACUAUACAAAUUAAAGAAAAACCAGAAUUAAAAUUUGGUGUUAAGGCAAUACUUGCUGAUGAUUAUGAACGUCGUAGAAAUUCAGAAAAUUUACAAGCAUUGCAAAUGUCAACGGGCUACAGUCUACAAACUUCACCAACUAUACAAUCUGGAUAUCCAUCAAGUCUUGCAAAACCAAUUGCAAGGCCGGCGGCAUAUCACCCGCAUCAUCCGCCACACCCGAGUCAUCCACCUGGUCCACCAGCUCAACAUCACUUUCCAGCCCAUACACAUCAUGCGUUACAACUUUUAGCAUGUCGAGGACCCUACAUAACUGUGAGUAAUCCAGCAACUGGAAGUGGACAAUUAAUUUCAACUUCAGGAUCAUUUCCACCAGGAAUGCAACCAGGAAUAACUGAUUUAGCUAGUAUGAGUAUAAAUCAUCCUUGUUUUCCAUGGGCACAAACAUCACGUGGAAGACCAAGAAAAGGAAUGAUGAGAAGAGCUGUUUUUUCUGAUACACAAAGACGAGGUUUAGAAAAAAGAUUUGUUGCACAAAAAUAUAUUAGUAAACCAGAUCGAAAAAAAUUAGCUGAAAAAUUGGGUCUCAAAGAUUCACAGGUUAAAAUAUGGUUUCAAAAUCGUCGAAUGAAAUGGCGAAAUACUAAAGAACGUGAAUUGAUGGCUAAUGGGGGAAGCCGCGAGCAGACAUUACCAAAUAAAAAUAAUCCAAAUCCGGAUUUAAGUGACACGGAUCUUGACAGACGUGGUGAUAUCAUUGAAUUUAGUCCACCAUCAAGUCCAUUAAAAAUACAAGAAAUAACAUCCGAUAAUGAAGAAAAUGAAGAAAUUAAUGUAACGUGAUGGAAAAAUUAACAAGUUCUUUUUUUUUAAAAAAAUAAUCGUACUAACAAAAAAUUAAAAAAAAAUAAAAAAUUAAAUAUUUAUUGAAAAAAAAAAUUUAAAUACUACUUGAGAGAUAAUUUGAAGGUCAUUUACGUAUUUAAUUAAUCGAGUGCGUAAAAAAAAAUAAAAAGAAUGUUUAUGUGUACGAGUGAUAAAUAAUAAUAAUAUUUAAAAAUAAAAAAAUAACAGAAAAAUAUUAAAAAAAAAAAAAAAACAAAAUGUAAUAUAUUGUAAUUAGAAAUUGAUGUAUUAAAUUAAAAAAAAAAAAAACUAUUUCAAUAAUUUAUAAUUAGUAAUUUUGACGUUGAAAAAUAAAAUGGUUGUAAAAUUUCGUCAAAAUUAUAAUUAAUUAUUACAAAAUGUGAUUUUAUUUGAUGACAAGAUAAACACAAAGAAGGAUGAUACCAAAUUUACCAAUUCAUUCGUGAUAUAAUCCAUGUAAGGCAAUAAAAAAAUGAAAAAAAAAAUACACUAAUUAUUAAUUAAUAACUGA